AUUAGAAAUAUACAAGGAAGCAUGCUUACUUCAGAUAUAUAUGAAAAUUGGCUUAGUGUCCAAGAUGAAAACUCUGUGCUUGGAAAAGUUUCUACCAUACAAAGUAUUCCAUUGAAUAUGCCACAACCAUACUUCCUCUUGCUCAACCAUCUUAUCCAUGAGUUUUUAAAACUUAAAACGUCUUCCAGGAAUGACCUAGACACUUACCUCUUAUCUCUCUGCACCUCCCCUCAUGUGCUGUGGGGUCUGACUUGCAGGAACUCAUUAUUUGGGAGGGACCUCUUCAAACAGAUGUCUUUUAUACAAAUCAUGAUUGACAAGAAUGUAGAUGUUUUGGGAGAUGAUGACACUACAAUUUGUAAGGAUAUUCAAAAGAGGUCUGAUGACCUUAAGAUGUCACUAAAUACUGCUGGUAAGUCACCUGUUAUGAAAAGGCCAUAGGUGGGCACAGUGGGAAAACCUCCAAUGCUAAUACUGAAGAAUUAAAGAUUUCAUCAGUUCCCUCUCAGGAGGAAGGUCCCACAUGUAAGAGAAGUUUUAAUUAGUCAUCAAAUGAAUGGAAGUAUGAUAUCAUUGCCUGAUUUCAUAAAUUUUUAAAUAUCAGAGCAGCAUUGGGGCAUAUCAUGAUAUUAGAGCAUGAGAAAAGGGUUUUUUUGAACAACAGUUUAAUUAAGUUAUAUAUGAAUUAUAUAUAUGUAUACAGACAGACACGCAUACAUACAUAUAUAUAUACACACACACUUACAUACAUGUAAAUACAUACAUGUAUGUAUGACAAUGACAAAAGGACUCCUUAUUUAGCCCCUGUAUGACUUUCAGAAUUUUUCCUCCUAUAUUUCUCACAUUUCUUCCCAUGGUCCAUAAGUUAUAUAAGAUAUCUUGGAUAUAAAAUUGUUUUUUUCAAAAAAAAACACUUAAAUCAAUUAUUUGAUUUAAAAAUCCAUUAAACAUACUACAAGACAGAACCAUGUGCCCACAAAUUAUUUAUCCUUGUGUAAAUACACGAAUGUUUGUUUAAUUCACUUUGAGAGAUAAUCUUGCCAAAUACUUAGCAUUUGCUAUAAAUUUUAAGCUGCACAGGAUCCAUUACAACACCUAUGUGAAGAAUAAUAAAGAUGCUAAAUAAAACAUACAUGGUUUAACAGGUAACACCAUUCAAAAUAAUUUUCUGUGUAAAGUUCAGGAAGUUCACUGAAAACGUAGUCUUAUCUGAAGUGGGGUGAAUCUAUCAUCUGAGAAUGUUUGUCUAAUGAAGACAUUUUAUGUUUCAUUUAGGAUGGGACAAUGAAAAAACUUCAACAUAUAAUGUUCCACAAAGGAACUAUUUGUUACAAACAUUUUCACUCACUAUACUUACUUUUAUGUUGUAUAUUAUAUAUAUGUAUCUACUGUAAUUAGUUUUAUUAAAGUGUAUUAUUGUUUAGCA